CACCACCACCAAACCAACAAAUGCCUUCCAAACCACCCCUCUCAAACCCCAAAAAUGCCUCCUCCUCCUCCUCAAACUCAAAACCCACCUCCUCAGCAAUCGGAGCCACCCUCCUCAUCGCCCAACAAUUCGGCUCCCGCGCCCUGACAUUCAUCGUCAACCAAAUCCUCCUCCGCUACCUCUCCCCCUCCCUCCUCGGCAUCAGCACCCAGCUCGAAGUCUACUCCAUCACCGUCCUCUUCUUCGCGCGCGAGAGCCUCCGCGUCGCCAUCCAGCGCCAAGCAGACAUCGCUGACGCCUCUCCGCGCACAGAAGAUGAAGACGAGAAGAGCAAGAUCCCCAAAGGUCACGUGGAUGCGCUGACCUCGGCGGGGAGAACGCAGGCGAUCGUGAACCUGUCGUACAUCUCCGUGUUUCUGGGAGCGGUCUUUGCUGUUGUCGUAGCGUGGCUGUAUAGCUGGAGCUUGGCGGCGGGGGAUCCGGCCGUGCUGGCGACGCCGUAUUUCCCUGCUGCGUUGAAACUGUUUGGCCUGGCGGCUCUUGGGGAGUUGUUGGCGGAGCCUUGUUAUGUUGUUGUGCAGCAUAAGUCGAGGUUUGGGGUUAGAGCCAGGACGGAGAUGAUUGCUACGGUGUUGAGGUGUCUCGUUACGUGUGGGUCUGCGAUCUGGGCUGCGAGGACGGGGAGGGAUAUUGGGGUUUUGCCUUUUGCGUUGGGACAGUGUACUUAUGCUGUCUCGUUGCUGGUCGUAUACUAUGCUAGUGUGUGGUCAAUAGCUUCAAGUAAUAACUUCUCUCUGUUUCUCAAUAAGAUAUACACAAGCAACCCCUCCUCAUACCUCCUCUCCUACUUCUCCCUCCCCCUCCUCAAGCUCACCGCAUCCUUCUUCACCCAAUCCAUCCUCAAACACCUCCUCACCCAAGGAGACACCAUCCUCAUCUCCCUCCUCACCACCCCCACCACCCAAGGAAUCUACGCCCUCGCCUCCGCCUACGGCGGCCUCAUCGCCCGCCUCCUCCUCCAACCCAUCGAAGAAACAACCCGCAACCACAUCGGCAAGCGUCUCUCGUCCCCCUCCCAACCCUCCGUCCUCGAAGUCCGCCAAACCCUACUCCUCCUCCUCAGAACCUACAUCCUGAUCUCCCUUCUCCUCGUGACCAUCGGUCCUUUGCUCGCCUCUCCCCUGCUAUCCCUCAUCGCCGGAUCCCGCUGGACGUCGAGCGGCGCGGGCCACGUGUUGGCGAUGUAUUGCUACUACAUCCCCCUCCUCGCCAUCAACGGCCUAACCGAAGCCUUCGUCUCGUCCGUCGCCACGCAACGCCAGCUCGGCGCGCAGACGCUGUGGAUGUUCGUCUUCUCGUUCGGAUUUGCGCUGGCUUCUUUCUUGUUCCUGGGAGUGUUGGAUUGGGGCGCCGAGGGACUGGUCGCUGCUAAUGGGCUGAAUAUGUUGGUGCGGAUUGUGUGGGCGUGGGGAUUCAUGGGGACGUAUUUCAGGGGGUUUGGGACGCGAUUGAGGGUUAGCGAGUUAUUGCCGAAGCCGGUGAGCUUGGCGGCUGCGGUAGGGACGUGGGGUGUGUUGGUACAGGUUGAGAAGGGGUUUAGUGGUGGAGUGAUGGAUUUGGUGAAGGGAGGUGUGGUGGCUGCUGGAUUGGUAGUUGUGGUUGCUAUUGCUGAACGAGCACAUUUUAUGGAGUGUUAUCGUGAGUUUAGAGGGCAAAAGGCUUGAAUGGACGAUCUUCGUUCUAUAGACUAUUGGCUUAGAGCUUGAAUCAUACAAUAGACUCUUCGGUCGUUCGUCAGUAUCUCAAGAUCUGAACAGCAAGGCAAGAAAAGAUUAUGCUGCAACUUUGGUUACAAGCUAUUUGAUAGCGUAAAAUUGCUAGGGGGCUAAAAGCUCAACAAAUUAGAUUGCAUAAGCGCGUCUGAGCGAUUGAUAGCUUCUCAACUAUUAUAGGACGGUAUCAGGCUGAGAGACAGUCGCAAACACGCAAUUGCCUCGAGUGUUCCCAAUACUUAUAGGUUGAGUUUAAGAAUAUUCGGUUAAUAUACUGAUAUACCGAAUGCUUGGAUCUCCUACUGAAACUCAGAUUGGGAUAUAAGUAC